AUGAAUCGUCCCCCAAGUGUGCCCGAUGCACGAGGGACGGAGCAGACUGCAUAUACGAGAAACGGCUCAGAUUCGGUGGACGCCCUUUCGUCCGGUCUCGCCACGUCCGACGGAGGGUUUGUCUACUCUUCAAACCACUUGACAGCUACGGCGCCAGCUACGCCCUCCAACACGGAGGCCAGCUCAACACCAGACAACUCGUUCUCGUCCAGUCGGCAGCAACUCUCAUUAAUGCAGUCUGCCCAAGCUCCCAGUCGGAGCGGCCUCGAUCUUACAGUCCCUAUAUCUGUUGACCCACUGUCCUUCAUGGCCUCAAAUAACCGUCACUUGCUUCAAUACUUCAUGCACAAUGCUUCUCAAGCCCUGGCGACCCACAGCCUAGUACACCGAGAAGUCUGUGAAGUAAUUAUCCCUAUGGCUGUCGCGAACCCAGCUCUACUCCAUGCGACCCUCGCCCUCGCCGCCAUCCAUCUAAACUCCUUUAUGUCCAACUCUGACCAUAGGCCCAGAGAUGAAGGAAGUGACGUUGUGGCUCAUUUAACUACCACCAGCAUCGCACACUUACGGAGGGAGCUUCAGCAACCUGUGGGAGGCUCUCCGGGACCACAGCUAGCAACUAUCCGUACCUUGUUCUUGUGUGAAGCUAUCUCUGGUUCACCAACCCUCAGUACCUGGAGAUCCCAUUUCUUAGGCGCAAAAGCGCUUUUCUCGUCCAUGGAACGGCAAAAGGAUAUCCGGGAAUUCCAGAAGGACGCCUCUUUGCCGUUCCUACGGCGCUGGUACAAUAUCACGGAGGCGCUUGUGGCCCUCACACCCGAGGGCCUGGAGGAGGAUAUGCAAGGCUCCUUAGGACCUCGUAGCCUAGGUGAUCCGAGUGAUACUCCGAUCUGUAUUGACGCAUACACUGGCUGCACAGAUGACCUUGCGAAAGCUCUGAGAGAGAUAGGAGCACUGGCAUGGGAAAGACGUCGUGCAACUCGACCACCUAACCAACCUUCAAAGCUUUCCGAAGCAGACUUUCUGCGUAAGGCUGAUGGUCUCGAAAUAUUGAUCAACCGCAUGAUCAUCCGUGACAGGUCGGGAACAGCAAUAUCCAAUGUUCCAGAGCCACAUGGUCUAUCGCUCAAACAGUUUGAGGAGUUUCUUCUCUGUAAUGAGGCUUACCAGCACACUGCGCUCAUACACAUUCACCGACAGAUACGAUUGCUUUCUUCCGAUUCUUCGCUGGUCCAAGACUGCGUCAAGAGGAUCAUUGACUGCGUCAGCAGAAUUAAGCCUGCCGCAACACUCUCGCCACUGACUUUACUUACCACUCCGCUCUUCACUGCUGGUUGUGAGGCUCGUGGCUCUGAUCGUACCAAGAUCACCCUGCUGUUAAAAGAAAUGUACAAUCAUCUGCAUCUCCCUAACAUGAAACAGGCAUUGGAGGUACUUGAAGACUUCUGGCUAGCAUCAGCAGAUGGCAAAACAAGCUGGGAAAGCUUUUCGAGUACGUUGACUCUCUCUUCUCAUUGA